GAUAAUGGCCUGAGCAAAGGGCAGAAUGCUCAUCAGGRAAAAAAGGAAGAAAGCAGGAUAAGUUAGGUCCAAACUUGGAGACCUUACGGAUCUGGCUUGGCACGGCUUCCAGAGAGGAAAAUGAAGGCGGGUUACAUAUUGUCGGUGUUUGUGAGGGAGCUGCCUGGUUAUGUUCUCUUCGCUGGGAUCUUCAUGCCCGUGACUUUACUCYUGCUGCUGCUCAUUGCCUACCUCAGGAACAAACUGAGAGAAGUUGAUGAGGAAACGGCWAUGGAACAAGACCCCAGGAAUGCCUUCCUGAAUCACCGUGGCCAGUGGAAGAAACCCAGGAGAUUCAGACAAAAGGAGAACAGACACAAGAACUCAAGGACAUUUAAGGGAGCCUCCCAUCUCAGGAAGCAAGCUUAAACCCAGUACUCAGCRCUGCAGGUUUAGCAAUAACCGGCUGUAAAUAAAUACCACAGAGGAAAACAAAACUGGAGAGAAGGUUCAGCGCUGUGCCGUCCUGAUGGAACAGCUGCCGCCAUCCAAGGAGUUCCUGUAAGCGCUAAGCAGCACUUUGGGCAGCUCAGCAGAGACCAGAGACCUCCUGCAAUGGUCACCUCGUGUGACAUCGGAUUUGGGGGGAGGGACAUGGCCCUCUCACCAUCCCCUUCCCCUGCCUACCAAGGAGAAACCGACAUAACGAGCCCCUGAGAGAGCUGAGCCGGCACAUACAAGGCAGGCAGCCUUAUUAAAUCGAGAUGCAUAAAUAACAAGUUCAUAUCAAGCACUGACAUCUGGGAAAUUGAAAAGGRUUUUGAAGGGGAACUGACAUUUAUUAGCUUGCACACUUUGUGUGUGAAAGAUUGUGGGUUUUGUAAAGUAUCCUUUUCAUAGAAUUUGGAAGCAAAAUAUAACUGUAAUGGGAAAAAAA